AUGAUCGACCACCAACAGGCGCCAACAAGUGGCAUACAAGCCUCCUGUGCCUCUCAAAAGCCGUAUAUUCUUGGAGCUGUCCACCUGAACAUUGAAGAGCGCUGGCUCGAGAUCGUGUUCCCUUUCUCACUUUUGCCCACCAUGCCUAUGCUUACAACCACCAUCGAGGAUACCUCGCCCAUUAUCGUCUAUUCUGGCCAAGGGGGAUCCGAUUGGAGAGCUGGAACGUCAAGAGAUGACCCAUCACUCGACUUGUACUCGCGAGGAAGUUACAUGGUGACAAAUGUUCUGCAUGCAACCGUCUCGUUCUCGUUCUACGGCACAGGCGUACAGCUGCUCGGUGCCAAACGACAAAACCAUUCAUUCUACCAGAUCAGCAUCGACACCAUUACGUACCCCCAGGUCAAUGGGCUGGAUGAGAAGGGCACCUUCCAAACACCGCUGUUCAACACUGUAGCGCUGGCUAACGGCAACCAUAACGUGACGAUGCAGAAUCUGGGGACGGAGCUUCUGGAUAUUGAUUUCAUUACAUGGCAGACGCCUGUAGGCGGCGACAACGCAAACGAGGCUCUAAUCUCAUCGACGUACCAAGACUCAGAUUCAUCGUUUGACUACAACCCGGUGGCAGCAUGGAACGCGGGUCCUCUCAACAUUGGUACUUUCUCGGGGGGUUCAGGACAUGUCACUUCAACCGCUGGUGCCUCCGUUGAAUUCACCUUCAAACUUGAUAGUAGUGCUCCUGCCAAUUUUUCCACGAACAAACCAUCGGCUCGCCCACAGACAUUGCUAUACUACGCCGCCAAUUUGGGCAGGGGCGAACACUCCCUAGUGGUGAGAUCUGAAGCGUGGAACAACUCCGCGCAGACGCUUGGUAUCGACUUCGCCGAGGUGUUUACGACAGCUGCUUUGGAUGGAGGGUCAUCUGGGCUAUCCACGGGUGCCAUCGUGGGCAUCACCAUUGGAACUAUCUUCGGUCUGCUUCUGCUUCUUAUCCUUGGGAUCCUAUGUCUUCGCAAGACAAGAUUUGGCACCACCUACAUUUUCUGCCUCCGAGGACGCACCGGCUCUCGCCGUGGAUCGCGCAGCUUGAUGACCGAAGCGCUCAACUAUCGCCCCUUGGGCUACGUCGAUUCGGGAACGCACCAGCCGUUGCUGCAUACACAGCCGUCGUUCGGGUCCCUGGGCAGCGCGAAUUCUGCUACGUGGGCCACCGCUGGUACGCUAGCGGAGCCUGCGCCGGCGACGACGUUCAGCAGUCCACCGACAUCGGGUUUGCCACAAUCAGCGGACAUGUAUACAAUUAUGGGCUCGGUGGAUGCGUCGGCAUUAGGUCCAAAUACGCAAGUAAUAACCAUCCCAUUUACCGCUGAUGGGAAAUACCGCCCCGACCUCGCCCAAGCAACACCACAGCUAAUGGCGCCUCCGCAAGGGCCUGGCCUACGCCGUGCAGCAUCUUCUGGCGUUCCUCAAGUUCUUCAACCAAGGUCGCCGCAGCCGAUAGGCCAAACCAGAAGCAAUAUGGAGCUGGGUGGCCUCCCUCCUGGUGCCGGACAGCCUGCGCUCCCCAAUGUCAGUGAGGAGUCUGCGGACAUCUACGUUCGUGGACAGGAAGAACAAAGGAGGGCCCUGUCCCCGCCUGCGCUGACACCGCUGAGGAGACCGCCCACGAUUGCCUCUCCCCCGGAGUACAGGGAUCGGUCACCUGGAAGGUAG